GUAGCUGCUGGGGCGGCGGCGGCGGCGGCGGCUUGGCCGGGCGUCCGCGGGCCGUGGGGGAUGGGGGCGGCGAGCUCCAGCCCUCGGCGGAGGCGGCGGCGGCCGUGAGUGUUGGGCGGGCGUCCGCGUCCAGGACGCGGGAUGGAGCGCCGCGGAUUUCAGUUUUUCUGACUGUUCUGUGAAAGGAUGAUUGCUCACAAACAGAAAAAGACAAAGAAAAAACGUGUUUUGUCAUCAGGCCAACUCUCUACCGAUGUUACAGCUCCUGAAAUGGGGCUCAAGUCCAUAAGUUCCAAUUCCAUUUUUGAUCCGGAUUACAUCAAGGAGUUGGUGAAUGAUAUCAGGAAGUUCUCGCAUAUGUUACUAUAUUUGAAAGAAGCUAUUCUUUCAGAUUGCUUUAAAGAAGUCAUUCAUAUACGUCUGGAUGAACUCCUCCGUGUUUUAAAAUCUGUAAUGAAUAAACAUCAGAACCUCAAUUCUGUUGAUCUUCAAAAUGCUGCAGAAAUGCUUACUGCAAAAGUAAAAGCUGUGAACUUCACAGAAGUUAAUGAAGAAAAUAAAAACGAUCUCUUCAAAGAAGUAUUUUCUUCCAUUGAAACCUUGGCCUUUACCUUUGGGAAUAUCCUGACAAACUUCCUUAUGGGAGAUGUAGGCAAUGAUUCAUUAUUGCGGCUGCCUGUUUCUCGGGAAAGCAAGUCUUUUGAAAAUGUUUCUGUGGAAUCGGUGGACUCAUCUAAUGAAAAAGGAAAUUUUUCUCCCAUAGAGCUAGACAGCGUGCUAUUAAAGAACACUGAUUCUGUAGAAUUGGCUUUGUCUUAUGCUAAAACGUGGUCAAAAUAUACCAAGAACAUAGUUUCAUGGGUUGAGAAGAAGCUUAACUUGGAAUUGGAGUCCACUAGAAAUAUUGUCAAGUUGGCAGAGGCAACUAGAAGUAACAUUGGAAUGCAGGAGUUUAUGCCAUUGCAGUCUCUAUUUACCAGUGCUCUUCUUAGUGAUAUCAAAAACAGUCACCUUUUGCAACAAACAAUCGCAGCACUCCAAGCCAACAAAUUUGUGCAGCCUCUACUUGGGAGGAAAAAUGAAAUGGAAAAACAAAGGAAAGAAAUAAAAGAACUUUGGAAACAGGAACAAAAUAAAAUGCUUGAAACAGAGACUGCUCUUAAAAAGGCAAAACUGUUAUGCAUGCAACGUCAGGAUGAGUACGAAAAAGCAAAAUCUUCCAUGUUUCGUGCAGAAGAGGAGCAUCUGUGCUCAAGUGGUGGAGUAGUCAAAAAUCUCAACAAGCAGCUAGAAAAAAAGCGAAGGUUGGAAGAGGAGGCUCUUCAAAAAGUAGAAGAAGCAAAUGAACUCUACAAAGUUUGUGUGACAAAUGUUGAAGAGAGACGAAAUGAUCUAGAAAAUACCAAAAGAGAAAUUUUAACACAACUCCAGAAACUUGUUUUUCAGUGUGAUCUUACCCUUAAAGCUGUAACAGUUAACCUCUUCCAGAUGCAACACCUACAGGCAGCCUCCCUUGCAAGCAAUUUACAGUCUCUCUGUGACAGCGCCAAACUCUAUGACCCAGGCCAGGAGUACAGUGAGUUUGUCAAGGCCACAAAUUCAACUGAAGAAGAAAAAGUUGAUGGGAAUGUAAAUAAGCAGUUAAAUAGUCCUCACACUUCUGGAUACGGACCCAGCGACUCGUUAGAAGAUGUAGUGCGCCUUGCUGACCCCUCUAGUAAGAUUGAAGAGGACAGAUGCUCCAAUAGUGCUGAUGUAACAGGUCCUUCUUUUAUAAGGUCAUGGACAUUUGGGAUGUUUAGUGACUCUGAGAGCACUGGUGGAAGCAGUGAAUCUAGAUCUCUGGAUUCUGAAUCUAUAAGUCCAGGAGACUUUCAUCGAAAACUUCCACGAACUCCAUCCAGUGGAACCAUGUCUUCUGCCGAUGAUUUAGAUGAGAGAGAGCCACCUUCCCCUUCAGAAGCUGGACCCAAUUCCCUUGGAACAUUUAAGAAAACAUUGAUGUCAAAGGCAGCUCUCACUCACAAGUUUCGAAAAUUAAGGUCCCCCACAAAAUGUAGGGAUUGUGAAGGCAUUGUAGUAUUCCAAGGUGUUGAAUGUGAAGAGUGUCUCCUUGUUUGUCACCGAAAGUGUUUGGAAAAUUUAGUCAUCAUUUGUGGUCAUCAGAAACUUCCAGGGAAAAUACACUUAUUUGGAGCAGAAUUCACACAAGUUGCAAAAAAGGAAUCAGAUGGCAUCCCAUUUAUACUCAAAAUAUGUGCUUCAGAGAUUGAACACAGAGCCUUGUGUCUACAGGGAAUUUAUCGUGUAUGUGGAAACAAAAUAAAAACUGAAAAACUGUGUCAAGCCUUGGAAAAUGGAAUGCACUUGGUAGACAUUUCAGAAUUUAGUUCACAUGACAUCUGUGACGUCUUGAAAUUAUACCUUCGACAGCUCCCAGAACCAUUCAUUUUAUUCAGAUUGUACAAAGAAUUUAUAGACCUUGCAAAAGAGAUCCAACAUGUAAAUGAAGAACAGGAGUCAAAAAAGGAUAACUCCGAGGACAAAAAAUGGCCGAGUAUAUGUAUAGAAAUAAACCGAAUUCUUAUAAAAAGCAAGGACCUCCUAAGACAACUGCCAGUGUCAAAUUUUAACAGUCUUCAUUACCUCAUAGUUCAUCUUAAGCGAGUCGUGGAUCAUGCAGAAGAAAACAAAAUGAACUCCAAAAAUUUGGGGGUGAUAUUUGGCCCAAGUCUCAUUAGGCCAAGGCCCACAACAGCACCUGUCACCAUCUCCUCUCUUGCUGAAUACUCAAAUCAAGCACGGUUGGUAGAGUUCCUCAUUACUUACUCACAGAAGAUCUUCGAUGGGUCCCUGCAGCCACAAGAUGUAGUUGUGUGUAGUAUAGGUGGUGUUGCAUCUCAUGUUGAUCAAGGCUGUCUUCCAAAGCCUCUAUUGUCACCAGAAGAAAGAGACCCAGAACAUUCUACGAAGCCACUGUUUUUCUCUUCAAAGGAAGAUAUGCAUACUGUGGGUAGUGAAACCAAAAGUUUUGAGCCAGCUACAUCAUUUGAGGAAUCAGAACGAAAGCAAAACGCAUUAGAAAAAUGUGAUGCAUGUCUCACCGACAACAAAGUGGGUUUGCUUAUAGACCUAGAGCUUGAAUCAGCAUCACAGAAGAUGGACGAUGUUUGUAAAACCUCCAAGCCACUUAAUCUGAAAUCAGAUAGGGAAGCAAACAGUGUUGAAAGGCAUGCUCCAAGGACCAAGAUGAGACCUGUAAGUUUGCCUGUAGAUAGACUACUUCUUCUGGCAAGCCCUCCAAAUGAGAGAAAUGGCAGAAAUAUGGGGACUGUAAAUUCCGACAAGUUUUGCAGGAAUCCUACCUUUGAAGGAGUUAGUAAGAAAGAUACUCCUUCUGUUGGUUGUUCCAAAUUGGAUGGCUCUGAGCAGUCAACUCUACAAAGCCCUUGGGAGCAACAAUGGGAACAAAAUGGCCUAACUGUAAAGACUGCAGUGACUGUGCCCAGUGCACUCCAGGACAGAGGACUGACAACGAGCCCCAGGAUCACUGGGGGCCACCCAGUCAGUGCCGCCCAGCCCAGUAAGCCAUACUCAGAAUCAGUGAGGCCAGUGAGACAGGUGUCUGGGAGACGGUCCUCUGAUUCCUGUCCUCCUGCUCCUGUCCGAGCGCCCAGAACACUGCAGCCGCAGCAUUGGACAACGUUUUAUAAACCACGUGCUCCCAUGGGUGGUGUGAAAGGGGAUGAGGAGAAAGCUGCAGCACCCUCCCCAGCACCGCCUCCCAGCACAACUCCCACCCCCCAGGGGCACGCGCUAAGAACAGUGCCAGACUCUGAAAACGCUCCAGCUGCCCCCACACAGCCCACCAGGAAGCCUAAAGAGAGCCCUGAGGAGCGGGACUUGCCUGAUGUGCUGCCAGCAUGUCAGAGACCAAGGCUAAAACGAAUGCAACAAUUCGAAGACCUUGAAGAUGAAAUCCCACAGUUUGUGUAGGGUUGUCAGAAUUCAGCUUUUCUCUUUUUGUUGUUUUGUUUUGUGGUAUUAUGUUUUGUGAAAGAAACUUUUGACAGGGCCCCUUUUGUAUAGUAUGCCAAAUCAUGGAUUUUGCUAUUUGUCGUCAUAUUACAUUAUACUGUGUUGGUUAUGUCGAAUGGUAGAUUGUUUUGAUAGGGCCCCAUCUGUGCCUCACUGGAAUUAUAUGUAUUUUUAAAGUUGUGAAUAAAUAGGUGGACUCAUGUUUUUUAAAGUUCAGUUGAUUUUUCCCAUAAAAUGGUUCAUUUAAAUGCAUCCCUAAUAUAUGAUAUAGUUCUCAACUAACAGGUGCAAUUGGGGAAAAUCAGCUUUAUUUUUUGAAGUGAAACUAUGUUGCUUAUUUAUAAAAGAAAUAUUUCUGAAUGCAAGUGCCUGAAAGAUCUUUGUUUGGUAGGAUUGUUUUGUUCACACAAUUUUAUAGUGUGUCUUCGACCAUUUGUAUGGUAUAUAUGUAACCUUUUAUUUUUCAGUUGGCAGUUCACUUUUUAAUAUUUACAUAAUGGCCAAAAGGCUUGCAAAUCUCUAUUUAAUUGCAUUUUGGUUAAUUGUCAGAUUUUCCAUGUGGUAGUCAAUUGAAUUGUACAAAGAAAGUGCACUUAAGCUUGUUUCUAAAUUACAUAGUUCAGCUAUGCCUUAUUUGGCUUUAGAUGGUUUUAAUACAUUUAAUAUUUUUUUUUACCUCUUGGCUUUGUUCUGCAUAAACUUUUGUUGUUCAACAGUUCUGAACCUUUUGGUAUUUUAUAUAAUGGUCCAAAAAUGUUUUAAAAUUCAAUGCAUUUCCUCUUCAUAUUGUCUGUUUUUUUUUUUUUUUAAACCACUCCUUUGGUAUGAAAUGUUUUCGCUUUUAAGUAAUUCUAUGUACUUUUUCUACCAGGACUUUUAACCGUUGACGAUGUAUGUUUCAUCCAAAUCAUGCAGAGAUUUAUUUAAGUUGAUUCUAAGAGUAUAGUUCGAUAAGGAUCAUUGUUUGGAACUUGAGAGAAGGUGUAGAUGAUUGGACAGAUGUAUUUCAUUUAUCAAAUUCUCAGUUUUUAGAACUAGUACAGUCCUGUUAUUUUCUGGGUUUCAUUAUUUUGCCUAAAAUAGGGUAUAAAAGGGACUAAAAAAGUAAAA